AUGGGGAGUCAUCUCGGGGGACACUGGCACCUGUUCCUGUUUUACCUGGUGAGGCUGGGGUGGGCAGGCACAGCAUUGCAGACAGGAGCCCACUGGCUGUGUCCCUUGCAGCUGGUCAGUACUGCAGAGCGGAUGCAGGGAGGGCCUGGCAGGGGGAGACUUUAUUUGGGCAGAGGGCCUGGUCCCAGCCCUACAGAUUGCAUUUCCUGGCCUUUCUUUCCUCGCCGGGGUUCAUGUCCUCUCUGCAGUGGCUUUCAGCCCAGGUGGUUCCACUGGGGGGAGCUGAUGCCGGGUGACAAGGACGGGAAGCCAAAGGUGCAUUCUAUUCCAGGCUCUUCCCUCGCCAAUAGAGGGGGCACUCAGUGCUCCACGGGGGCAGGCUGGGUGACUGCCCCCAGACAUCAGUGUCUGCUACUGAUCUCCAGGAAUUUUAAGGACCUUCCUGUUUUCAGCCUGUGCCACCUAUCCAGGGAGGCUGGCUCCCCCCAUCCCCACCCCCACCUCCCCAGCCCCUAUGGCUCCAGUGACCCAGGCUUGAGUCUGGCAAGGAACCUUGCCAUUAGCUGUUUUUCUUCCAUCAAGGAGAGCUUGACCAGAAUAAGAACUGAGAAACGGGAUGGGGUACGAGAGCCCAGGUUCCUCUGGCCCUCGCUCACUGCUCCCUCCCUGGAGCUGUAA